CGAUCACCUCACGAAGAAACAUCUCGGUCAGCGCGCCUUGGAGACGUGUCAGCGCGAAUCCGACCACACCAGCGUACUCCCCCGACGGCUGCCAUUCGUGCGACAGCACAUUCGGGCUGAUUCAUGUUGAUUUCGGGUGGCGCGCGGUGGUCCCCUUGCUGUGACUUAUUGUGAGGAGGCUCCCAGCGCGACCAUCUCUGUGAUGGCCUCCGACCCACAACCGACGCCUGAACACGACGAUGCCCCCUCCGCCGCGACACACGACGCGUUGCCAGCCGACGACGACCAGCCUCUCGGGAUAAAGGAAGAGGACGAGACAUCGGCACAGAAUGGCGAUGCUGACGCGGACGGCGAUGACGGAAUCCAGGCGUCGCGCCCUGCGAAGCGGCGGAAGCUUGAGAGCAUCACACCACGACGGUCCCUGUCACGCGCCGCAUCGCCCCCAUGGAAGUCGUUCGCGGCGGAUGGCCCCACGACUAUUUUCGAUAAUGGCGUGAGGAAGUCAUCGCGCGUGAACCGAGAGGCACCCACCCCGCCCGAACCGGCCGUCAAGAAAAGCACGCGCGGUUCUGUCGCAAGGGGCAUACAGACGAAUGGCACGUCCAAGAGCAGCAGUAAACAGAGCUCGCGCGCAGUCUCGACCUCUGGAAUGCCUGCCAAAGCCAAGACAGCAUCGUCGGCAGCGAAGAAGAAGGGUCCGGCACCGCCACUGCAGUCGCCAACGCGCAAGUCUGAGCGCAAUAAGAGAGCCUCGGCCGCCGCGCUCGCCACUUCUCCCACGUCGCCAGCCAUUGUCAAAGCGUCCCCAGAAACUCUCCGGAAGCGCCCUGGACGCAAGUCCACCUUGACUGCAACCGAUGACGCAGCCCACACCUUCGACCCCGCCGAAGACUCCUUUGGUGCAUAUGAUGGACUGGAUGGGAAUCCGUCAGAUAUGUCCACACCCCGCAUCCGACUACGGUUCCGAAGACUCGACCCACCGACACGGCAUCCCCACCACCUGCCGCCUCCUCGAAAACACUCGUCGUUUAGCGAAUGGUUACAACAGGAUGACCCGUUGGAAGGAGAGGAGGGUCACAAGAUGACGGAAGAGAAGGCGCAAGAAGAAGCCGAGCGCCGGCUGCAAAUCGCUGAUGCUGCCGAGCGAGGCGUUCUGAGUCUGGGACGGUGUAGCAUCUUCCAACCUGAAGCGGCUGACGAACCCCCACCAAAAUAUGGCCACUGGGACCACGUCGUGAACCAUGCUCUUACGUUCAACAAGCUCCUGAGGGAAGAAAAUGCAUUUCAUCGGAAAAUGGCGAAGACGCUUGCAAGAGAGGCUUACGAGUAUUGGAAAAACAAGUACAAGCGAAAGUCGCAAGAUGAAAUCAAUCAAGAAGAGGCUGAUCGCGCUCUUCUCCGGUACAAGCAGCUUGUCAAAGACGUCAAAGACACAUGGGCGAAUGUCAGGCUCGAGAUCGACAAGGAGCGCGUGGCAAAGUGGGAAGCGGAGCAGGUACAACUUGGUCACAAGGCAAUGGAUGACAUGUUCAAUCAAGCUCAGGAGAUCCUGGGUCGCAACAUGAUCGACUCUGCCUCAUCUUUUGUAAGCGAUGACCGCGACACCGAGGGCGAAGGUGGCGACUUUGGGAGCGGCACAUCGCAGGUUUCAGGCGAAGAAGAAGUGGACCAUCAAAUGACAUCUGAUUCCGAAAGCGAUGAGGGGCACGAAGAGGAUGAGGAUGCUAACCUGACUGCUGAGCAAUUGCGCGCCAAAUACGAACAGUUACCGGACCUCCCAGAUGAUAGCUCUAGCGUUGAUGAGCAGGAAGAUGAAGACGAGGCCACGGACGAGGAGGAUCGAGGUACACCUGAGCCGACUCCGGACCCAGAUCUCGAAUUGCAAAUAGCUAUGGAAAACGGCGACACUUCUUUGCACGAUUCAUUCACGCAGACGAACGGUGUUUAUAAAGAGGAGGUUGAUGAAGACGGAAAGAAACCAGAUUACAUCGACCCGGCUACUGUCGAAUUGGAAGCAGUAGAUGAUGCCUUGCUGGAUUCUGACGACGAUGUAUCUGGAUCUGGCAGCGAGGAAUGGCCGAGUGAUGAAGAUGAGGAUUCUGAUGAGGGCGAGGUAGACUCGUCAGCUUCCGGUUCCGAGAAGGACGAAGAAGAGGGCGAUGAUGACGCUGGUGUGAUGGGUUUUCUGACCCCGGCCGAGAUCAAAAAGCUGAAAGAGUCCGCUAAGAUGGUUGUGGAAGACUUCAACGCAGGCGACGAAACACCUUUGAAUGGCACGCACCCUGCAAAUGGCACGAACGGUACAAAUGGAGUUCACGAAAUUGAAGAGGAAGACGUCACAGUUAUUCCGGACACUAACGGCACGCCAGCAGAUGUUAAUGGUACGGGUAUCGUUCCAUGCGAUGACACUUCUAAAGCUGUGCCCGACCCCAUGGAGAUGGAUACACACGAACUCGAGAAAGAAAUUGCAACCGUGCCCGAAAAGGCCAUCAUUGGAGGUCGCUCUCGGCACCCAUCUGAACCUCCGCGCGUUGAAAUACCAUCACUACUACGAGGUACACUCCGUGAAUAUCAGCAUGAUGGCCUUGACUGGCUUGCCAAUCUGUACGAGUCUGACACAAAUGGAAUCUUGGCUGAUGAGAUGGGCUUGGGCAAGACCAUUCAGACUAUAUCAGUGCUGGCAUACAUCGCUGUUUACCGACAGAAGUGGGGCCCACAUCUAGUCGUCGUUCCCACAAGUGUUAUGUUGAACUGGGAGAUGGAGUUUAAGAAAUUUUUGCCGGGCUUCAAGAUUCUCACGUACUAUGGAGACAUUGCCGAACGAAAAAGAAAGCGUGUCGGCUGGCGAAACACAGGUCGGGACAUGAUCAACGUCGUUAUCACCUCGUACCAGCUUAUCCUCCAGGAUGCUGCAGCAUUCAAGAUGCGUGCAUGGCAAUACCUUGUUCUUGAUGAAGCCCACAACAUCAAGAACUUCAAGUCUCAACGAUGGCAGACCAUGCUGAAUCUCAGGACCGAGCGACGUUUGCUAUUAACGGGUACACCACUGCAGAACAACAUCGACGAGCUUUGGUCGCUACUCUACUUCCUAAUGCCAGCUGGCUUCGCUGGUGAAGGCCGCAUUGCCGGGUUGGAAGAAUUUACGAUGGCCCUCAAGAACCCAACUUCACAAAUCCUAGACCAAGGACGGCAACAGCUGGAUGCAGAAGCUCAGAAGAUCGUCAAGAAACUUCAUGAGGUCUUACGUCCUUACCUCCUACGCAGACUCAAGGCGGACGUUGAAAAGCAAAUGCCAGGAAAGUACGAACACGUAGUGUACUGCAAGCUGUCCAAGCGACAGCGACAAUUGUAUGACGGGUUCAUGGGCCGCGCAUCGACCAAGGAGAUACUGUCGUCCGGGAACUACAUGUCAAUUAUCAACUGCUUAAUGUCACUCCGAAAAGUCUGCAACCACCCUGACCUGUUCGAGACCAGAGCCAUUGUGACCUCCAUGGCCAUGCCAAAGUCAGUUGCUGCCCGUUUCGAAAUCAAGAAUCUUCUCAUCCAGAAGCGACUAUCCGAAGGCAUGGAAGACAAGCGAGUCAACUUGGACGCAUUGAAUCUGGUGUUUGCGCACCGUGAGCGCACUUCAAUGUUGCAAGCUCGGAGAUCGCAGCAAAUCCGCGCUACUCGUCCAUUGGAAGACCUCAUUGAAAUCCACACACGCCGUAUCAACAAGGCUGCUGAACCGCAAUCAUCUUCCAUUCAAUCAACUCUUGCGGACAUGGCAAACAGGGAAAGAAUUGCUGUGCGAGACCAACUUCGGGUAUGCCUCAAGCUCACUCGUGCCCGGACACAGUUCUUGCCUAUCUACGGCAAAGGUCUUAUCGAUCGGCUCACCCUAGAUUACGAGAGCUAUGCGUUUGGUGCUCGUGAACCAGAUGAGCAGAUCACUAGACCUCCUCAGCCGGCGUACAACCCAGCGUAUCCACCAGGCAUGCAAUAUCAUCACCCAAAUCUUUUCGGGCAAGCACCUGUGUCUCUGCCUCCCGUUGUUGGGAUCAAAGAAGGUCGUCGGGGAAGGUUAGGCUUCCGUCAACCGCUCCGUCCCGCACUUGCUUCAUUAUGGCAUCAGCAGAAGAUCAACGCGUUUACCGAGAUGAUACCUACUCUCGAAGAACGUGCCGAAGCCCUGGAGCCGCUUGUCACGCGCUUCACUUGUGUCACUCCCGCGGUUGCGGCUGAGGAGUUGGCCCCUCUGACGUUGUCCAACACUGGUGUUCAACUUGUACGAUCUUCAGAGAUGGUCCGCUAUCGGGACCCCUUCCACGAGUCCCGCAUCCGCCAGUCUAUCGCUUUUCCUGACAAACGCCUCUUGCAAUACGACUGUGGUAAACUGCAACGACUCGCGACUCUGCUUAGAGACCUUCAGGCAGGCGGCCAUCGCGCACUCAUCUUCACCCAGAUGACCAAGGUUCUCGACAUCCUCGAGCAAUUCCUUAACAUCCAUGGCCACCGCUAUCUCCGCCUCGACGGUGCCACCAAGAUCGAGCAGCGACAAAUUCUGACCGAUCGCUUCAACAACGACCCCCGCAUCCUCUGCUUCAUCCUGUCGUCCCGAUCUGGAGGUCUCGGCAUCAAUCUCACAGGUGCAGACACUGUCAUCUUCUACGACCUCGACUGGAACCCGGCCAUGGACAAGCAGUGUCAGGACCGCUCCCACCGCAUCGGUCAAACGCGUGACGUUCACAUCUACAAGUUCGUCUCGGAAUAUACCAUCGAAGCGAAUAUUCUGCGCAAGAGCAACCAGAAGCGCCUUCUCGACGACGUCAUCAUCCAGAAGGGAGACUUCACGACCGACACUUUCAACCGCGUGACGUGGAAGGAUGCCCUCGACGAUGGACUUGGCGACGAAGCGGGCGCAGCCAUGGACCGCGUGCUCGGCGAAAAGGCAGGCCUCCUGGGCGACGCGCGCGUCAUGGGUACUGUUGAAGACACCGAGGACAUGGCCGCGGCGACGGUCGCGCAGAAGGAGAUCGUCGAUGAGAUCCACGACGACCAGGUGGACUUUAGCGAGAGCACGGCGGCGACGCCGGGCGGUGCGACGAGAGCUGGGAGCGAGCUGGGCGAGGAGAUGCCGGGAGGGAUUGACGGCGAGAGGCUGCGGCGACAUGUUGAUGAGUACAUGUUGGCGCGGUUCAGAGACGAGUACGGGAGGGAGCCGUACAAGCCGCCGACGGACCGGCAGAAGCGGAACAGGAAGGGCGGGGACGUGCAUCGCACGCAGAAGAAGAAGAGGUACUGAAGCGCUGCGGCUUUUCGAAUUGGUUGUGUAUGUGUAUGAGAUAAUGAGGAUGGAGGCGUUCCGAGACGGGGUCAUUCAGUGCAUUGUAUUAGUAGCGUGGUGCAGCAUGGUGCAUUCUGCGGGGCGCAAGGUGUCGGGGGCAGGCAGCAUGGGCCGGAACUGUAUGAAUAGGUGAUUGGAUGUGUAUGGGGGCGUGGGCAGCAUAUACAUAGCAUGCAUGGGCGGCGUCUGUCGGCGAGCGUA